AUGCAAAAUCAUAUCCAUGAAGCGUAAGGAUAACUUACUCCGCUUCACGAAGUAAAAAAUAUUUUUGUUCACGAAGGGAAAUUAAAAAUCCUUUAAUAAGUAAAUUUUUUUUGAGAUAAAACAAUUCUAAUUCAUAAAAUUAGAAAUAAAGUCAAUUUAUUUUUUUAAAAUUUAUGUUUUAAUAAGCAAAAUUUUGUAAAAAUAUCAACAGAAUUAGCUAGAGAUUUCGUUAUACUAAUUAUCACUUAUAUACCAAAUUUUUUUCUAUAAAAAAUUCUGCUCAGUCAAGGAGAUCCAAAAGAGGGUUUUUUUCAAUUAUUUGCUCGCUCAUGGAGGAGUUAGACUGAGCCUACUGAGAAGUCAUCUAUGCUGCUAUCAGUCAAAUAUUAAUGAUGAAGAGAUGGAGUUCAGCUCAACUGAGCCAAAAAUGCACAUGAGGACGACUCAAAGGACAAGAUCUUAUAAAUCAGUGUAUUAUAGUCCAGAAGACCUUAAAUCAACAAGAGGCUCACAUAGGAAUUCAGAAGAUGAAGCAGGAUUUUCAAAGACCGGUCAAAUCAUACUCGAGAGAAUUGAAUAA